AUGUUCCAGCGACGGGAGCCCCCCCCCCCCAGCUGCACAAACCGGGGCUACCGCUCGCAUCGGCACCAGCCGCCUCCCCCCGCCGGGGCUGAGGCCGCGCAGCUCAACGGGCAACGCGACAGCGACUCCCCCGGCCAGGCGGCGGGGGCGGCCCCGGGGGUGCUGCCGGCUCGCAGCAGCCCCCGCCGCGAUCCUGGUGACCGGAGCGGUGGCGGCGGCGGGCGCUGCUGGGGGCCCCGGUUCCCGCUGCGCGGCUCCCGGGCACCCGGGGCCCCUUGCCUGGGCGGCGCGGCACGGCUGCGGGGCUCCGGCUCGCUCGCCGCUCUCCCUCCCGGCGGGACGGGGCGGAGCUGGGCACGGAGGACGAGGGGGGCGGUGUCGGAGGAGGCAGCCGCGGCCCGGCCCGGGUCCCUCCUCCUCCCUCAGCCGCCGCCGGCCGCCAUCUUCCCUCCCCCACCCCACCCCCACCGGCGGCCUCUCGCCGAGGCCCGGCCCGAGCGGCGGCAGCGCGGGGCAGAGGCGCAGGGGAGGCCGUGGCCCCUCCGCCGCGGCCCCUCCGCCGCCGGCCCGCGGGCAGGGGCCGGCGGGCGCCAUCUUGGAGGCAGAAGGGGCGGCCGGGGCCUGCCCGCCGCGGCCUGGGGGGCUGGGACAGCGCCGUACCCCGGGGGGGGGCCCCGGCGCCAUCACCCCGGCCCCACGGCGGCCUCGGGCCUGCCCUCCCCACGCCUCGAACCUCCCCGGGCACCCCGCGGGCCAGGCGCGGCCGUCGGGGCAGGCCCCGGCAACCAGUGCCCCGGGGUGAAGAGGCCGCGGCAGGGCUCCCGGAGCCCCCAGGAGCUGCUGCCCUGGGGGGGGGAGGCUGCCUGUGCUCGAGGUACCUGUCAGGUUUUGUUUCCCACUCGCCUUCCCUGGCGAGGCUUCAAAGACGACUUAGAGGCCUUCAUCUUGCGGGAGCGUUGUUCUCCAUCUGGGCAUCAAAAGGGCAGCCAUGUGCUUUGGGAACAGCUGGGAAGACCAAAACGAAGUUCAGUAAGCAGGAUGGGGUGAGAGACGAUCCCACGCAGAUCUCGACCUGCUGUGCAGUCUCCUUGCUGUCAUUUUUUGGUUACUUCCACGCAAAGCUGCCGUGCGUGGAACUGUCAUAAUUGCUCCGUCAACUAUUUUAUCACAUUCAGGUUGUGUCUGGUUACGAUAUUCGUCCUCUCUGUGGAACUGUGAAAUCCCCAAACACCUCGUGUGUCAUGAGGCAAAACAGCUCAAUGGGUUGAACAGUUAAAAUAAACCAGAGCUUCAGGUGGCUUGUUUUCCUCCACGGGGGCUCUUUAUUCCUCAGGGCCUUGAGAAUGCCUGUGCUACAACAAAACAAGUUGUCCUUAAAAGGCCCAGUCAAACACACAAAAAAUGGCAAAACCAUCCAGUGUGGUCACCCAUGCUGUCAUCCAAUCUGGAUUUUUGUCCUCCUCGGAAGCCUGCACCUUGCUUAGGGGUCCAUGCGGUUACCCUCUGAGGUCCUCUGCUUCCCAGAAAAAGCCUGUGCAAGCUGCAUUUCAUAACUGCCUCCUUAUCUCUGGAGCACCUGUGGAGGGAAUGGGUAGGAUAAGCCAGAGUUAACCCUUUGGCAGGUAAAAGACCAGGGAAUUGCGAUUGCAGGCUUAUUAGUUGUUUUCUGUCAUUUUGGGAAUCAGUAAUACUCAUCCCAACCUGGCUAAUUGUAGGUGCGUUUGUAUAGAAAAUGCUGCAUGUCUUGCCUAUCUUGAACUAGACAAAUAGUUAGUAAACUGGGUUUUAGGAGAAUUUCAGGCCUGUGUGUGUGAGCAAAAGCAUCCAAACGAGCCAGGAAGCGGUGGAGAAACAAGAGGUGGACAGCAGCAACCUGAGAUCAUGUACCCGCAACAAAUCCUCUGCUGCAAAACUCAUGCUGUCCACAAGGUGGCCUAUGUAAAAAAGAAUUGAUUGUUUCAGUCUGUUGGUACCACCACCGGUGCUGACCCCACCACAGCAAUCACCAGGUAGCACAGAAGAAUGAAAAAUCACCGAAUAUUGAAUGUUGGUUUUCUCUGCUUUGGUUGCUUUUCUUUCACCAUUUGUGUGUGUUCAAUAACUUUCCUUGCUGGUCAACAGCUAUGGCUGAAGUCAGAAACGAGAAAGGAACUGGAGCAGAGCAAGGGCAGGGAAAAAUUUAAAGCAAUUCUGGCAUCAAACAUGAGCAACCCUGUUUCUGUCAGUGCAGGAGGUGCCUCCUCAUAUCGGUACUUGUAACCCCUUCCACGGCUUUGAAGAUGACAGAAAGUUGUUGCAGCAGGUCACCGACAUUGUUAACGCUUCAGGAUGCAACAGUUUUUGAGUUCACAGAAGGUAAAAUGUGGGGGUUAAAAAAGGUAUUAACCCAACUUGGAGAGGUUAUCCUUGUUCCAACUGGUUGAAAAUUAGUGUAAACGAAUUGUAAUGGAGUUUGGACAUCUAAGUGACCUGAGACAUGUGAAUGGAGAAUACUGCAGCCUAAGGUUAAACUGAAUUUAAAAUCCCAGAAUGCAAUGGUAACUGAAACCGGGAAUGAGACAUGUUUAGAUCACAGCUUUCUCCUUUUGAAAUCGGGCAUCCUUCCUGAGAAAAAGAAACCCAUAGGUUUAACAAUACAAGACUUCCCCUCAAUAGCACCAAGGCAGCAGGGUGCCCCACUGUUGCAUGGCAAAAAAUGUUUUGUGGGCUUUUUUCAAAAGCUAAAGUCCAUAAAGGAAAUAUUUACAGCAUGUACACACGAAUGGGUUGGGUGUAAUGGUAUACAACAUCGUGGGAGACCUAAGUAGUACUGGUUUAUGAGCUGAAAGGUUUUAACUCCUUCAGUACAGAAACUAACGAAGAACUGCCUAAAUUUGGAGGUACCAUGCAUCACGUUCAAUGACAGUGAAUGUCAAAUUUAGAAAUCAAAUGAAAAUUAAUGAAGUCAUAUUGGGAUCAUAAAA